UUCUGUAACACAACAAAGCGGUGUUUCCAUUUUUGGACUGUACGUUGUAACAAUGACGCUGACAAGGCAACGUCUGCUUUUAAUACUGGUUUCCUUAAGUACGAUGCUACCAGUAGGAAAUGGUCAGAUUGUAGAAGCAGAUAUGCCAGUAGAGCUGAUAGAAUGUUUCCAGUUGUUACGCAAUAAAACUGGUGACGUCAGUCAGACGUAUGAAACAAACGAAGACGUCUAUAUUCAAUGUCUAAAAGAGUUUCUAUGGAAAGAAGGAAGCGUACAAUGGAACAACUUCAACAUAACUGAGAAGGACAAAGGAUACAUAAAUUCAGUCAUUGGUUCGCUUGUCCGCCGCGGUAGGCAAAAGCGUUACGCUGGACCAGCUAAGGGAACAUUUCCAAGGACUGGAUUCAGAAUCAGACGAGAAUAUCGAAGAAUCUCCGAUGGGGAAAGAUUUGCAUUGCACAGUGCCAUUAACCAGAUGAAAACAACAGGACGAUAUGAUAUGUUUGCCAACUUGCACCAGGGAAUCGUCAUAACUUCAGCUCAUGGUGGACCAAAUUUUCUUGGCUGGCACAGGGUCUACCUUGCUUUAGUUGAAGAAGAUUUGCGUAUGAUAAAUCCUAUGAUAUCCCUACCAUAUUGGGAUUCGACCCUUGACUUCGAUAUGGCUGAUCCCGUUGAGUCAAUAAUCUGGACAGAAACGUUUCUUGGGAACGGUAACGGGUUUGUUACAACUGGUCCCUUUGCUAACUGGGAGGCGGCAGGUGGGCAAUUAACUAGAAAUAUAGGUGGUGGAAGUAGUCUAUUUUCGAAGGAGAUUAUCCGAAGAAUACUGACUAGAUGUCGUGUAAGGGACAUAACAUUUCCUACAGCAAUGAAUGAGUUUAACUUAGAACUUUUCCACGGUGGUCCCCAUGUUUGGGUUGGUGGUCAAAUGUCUGGUUUAAAUACAGCGGCACAUGACCCGGUGUUUUUCUUACAUCACGCAUACGUCGAUUACGUAUGGGAGCUAUUUCGAAUUAGACAAGCGACAUUUUGUGGGGUAAAUCCAUCUACUGAUUACCCGCCUACUAUGGGUCAACACGCUGCAGAACGCCCCAUGGAUGGCUUUCCCCAGUAUCGAAAUAUUGACGGAUACCGCAGCUACUGGACACGGUUCUGGUACCAGUACGAGCGUUCUCCUUCCUGCUCUAUGUGGCAACCUUUCUGCGCAAGUCCAUAUUUACGAUGUGACUUGGCACGUCAGCGAUGUAUAUCAGUGGCAAGAAUGGGACCUGCUCCUAUGGCAAGAGGUUUUGCAGCUGGUGGUGCGGCUGUUGCAGCGGCGUCACCUAGCUCUAUGACAUCGGCAGUGCAGGCUCGUUCUCAGGAAUCAACAAUAGCAAUCGGGCCACGGUUCAGAGCACCACCUGCGGAGCCAAGAACACAGGAUGCUAGAAUGGGAAUGACACCUGGCAGAAUGAGACGAUCUGUCAAUAAAACAUUAGAUACAAGAAGAAAUAAACCCGGAAAUGAGAAAACGUCCAACUUUCCAACACUUGGACCAAUGUUUAGAGCACCAACAUCAGACAAUCGCACUAGAGGCUAUCAUAAUGGAGCAUUUACUGGAGGUGUCAUUGGGAUAUAUCAAGGUUUGACAAGAUUCGAAGCAAUGAAUAGAUCCCAAUUUCUAGGCUCAGAGUACAUGCAGCUUCUCCCUAUGCCAAAUUAUCACGAGACACCUUUAACCGACCUGCUGAGGCCGCCCGUCAAAAACACAUUUGUCCUCAAUGGACAUGCCGAUGUUAUACAGUGGGCGUUUAUCCCCGUUAGAGUUAUAUAUACUAGUGACUUUGAAAAUCCUGUCUCAAAUUUUCUAAGAAGCAGGCGUGAAUAUUCACAACACCAGAUUAAACAGUCAUCAAAUACAACAGAGCCCGAAAUAUCGGCAACAAGUCAAAAAUGUAUUCAAGACGAAUCUGGUGCAAUGCAAGUCAGAAUACAGUCCAACGGGCUAAAUUAUAAUGGAGACUACUCCGGUUAUGCCCUAAUUGACCGCCAUUUACCGGUUGACUCUGCUACUACAUAUAUUGGUAUAAAAUCUCCGGAGGUAGAGCAUACUGAAGUAAUCUUGUCUGCUGUUCACUCGUGUGGUCUCAUGUGCCGAGCUCAUUGUCAUAUACCUGAAUCAGUACCGGCUGCAUUUAAACCAUGUUCUGGGGUUUUGAAAAUAUCGAACAACGAUCCAAACGUGUACGGGCGCACGUAUGAGGAGGCAGUGUCUCGUGUUUGGCAAGGAGUACUUUCUGGUGGAGGGGUCCAGAAUGAAAACAUAAGACUUGUCUUCGAUUGCUCUAAUGUUGAUAAGUCACCAUGGUUUUCAGAUAAUACGUCAUCCAAUGGCACAAUGUUCUGACUUUAGAAAUCGGAUAUGUAAGAUAGAAAUGGCGAAGGGAAAAUUGUUUAUGAUAAUUCAGCAUGACAACAUAUGGCAACUUAGUCGUGUGUUCUAAAGACCACUAAUUAAUCGUUCCAAAGAUUGUUCUACAAUAUCAGAUUGACCAUGCCUUAAAUUUGCAACGUGCUUUGAUUUCCUUCAGCUCUUUUCCCAGCUGUAUAUUAAAUGUUCCUUUUGUGUCAUCUUUCUACACGUAAAACCAGCCAAUACCGAUUGGUUUACAGUGUGAAGCUUCCUUUGUUUCAGUCCUAGGUAAUCCCUAGGUAAUAUAAUAUUAUAAUAUAAUUCGUGAAUAUUUAAUGUUUUACUAAUACAUCAAAAUGUGAUACAUGUAUAUAAUUUUGAAAAUAAUCUAAACGCAUGGCUUUGUCAUGGGACUCCCGCCUCAAUAACUACGUUAUUAUGCUUGUGUGACAAAGUUUGCCAGAUAGCGGAGCUAAGAUAUUUCAAAAUGACUAAAAUGUCUAGUAUAUUCGUUUCAAGUUUCCUAAAAGAAUGAAACAUUUUAGAGGGGGCGCGCACAGAACUCGUUUCCCCUUAGUUCUCAUACAUCGAUGGUCCACGCAUUUUAGCCGUUCAUGAUUGUUUUUCUUCGAAAUGGAAAAAGUAUGCCGACCGGUGGAUCGAAAUAAAUUUAAGGCUUUACAAAAAACAUAUUUACAUAUCUUAAAUUGCUAAAUGUUUCUUAUGCCUCAUGUUUUGCAGGGCAUGUCUUUGACACUUUUCAAAUGUAAAUAUGCUUUAUGCCUUUUAUGCCUUUGCAAUUCCUCUAUGUAUUUUUGAGUACUCCCGAUAUCCCGCAUACCCUAGUGCAACUAAGCCAAAAACAAGUCCAAUCUUGAAGGUUCAGGUUACUGUAAUUCAUAAACUUCGGGACUCCUUUACUUUAAAUAUAAUUUAUAACAAGAGUACCGCUGUUGCACAUUUCUUUUCAUGAAAAAACUUAAUCAAACCUAUUCUUCUAGCAUUUUACGCAGUUAAGUUCUAUGUAUCUAAAAUGUCUGCAUAUAUUAAAUAGCGAUUCUGGUGAACAAUUGGAAAUUUUAUUGACUUUGUGAUGGCUAGUUUUAUUAAAUUUGAAAAAUAUUAAAGUUUGGAUACCAUUUUUUUCUCACAAUGAAAAAGCAAAAGUAGAACGAAGAAAGCGUUGUACAAAGUCAACAUAACAAAACUAAAACACCACUGAUUUUAAACACACGGUAGGAAUACAUGUUAUCUGCUGAAAGUUUGUGAAACAACAUAAAAUCUUGUUUCUUCCAAACCCAUUUAAAGUCUGUCGUCUGAUUGGCCCCAUAACAUAUGUUAGUUAAAAACAGUAUUACAUAUCGUGAUGUAGCCUGGCUCCCUGGCUGCAUGGUUAUCUUUUAUAUUAAUACUGGAAACAUUUUAUAAGAAACUUUUAAACCUCUAAAAUAGCACAGUUUUGUCUGGUCGCUGAACCACACAUAUGUUUGGAGCCCGGGGCAAUAAAAAAGUCAAUGUAGAAACAACCUUCUGGAGUUACUUCCCUCUUAAUGAAGAAAACUGAUAUAUGUAAAUAAGAACAAACAUAGGGACGGGAGCCAGUCUAAUCGUGAUGAAAUGUACUAUCGUCCCGUCAUUAUUUUCUUUCUGAUAUUUUUUAAUAUUUUAUAUUAACAGCACUGCCGGGUGACUUUGAAUAUGAAAUUUUGAAGAAUUUCUAACACCAAAAACUGAAAUAAAAAUAAAUGUCACGGAUAGACAAAAUUAAUAUUCAUGAAUGACGAGCUAUAAACCGCUACCUGACCCAGUUCUUUCCACUGGUAUUGACCAAACAUGACUUUAAUUGUAAAAACGGGGAUUUAUUUACUUAUUCGAGAAAAGAUACUCUUCUUUUUCUUUGUGGUUUUUGUUUUUCGUGAAAUUGACCAGUUCACUAAAUCGUGUACUUUAUACAUGCUUUUCACAUAUCAAUAGAUUUAUCCCAAAAUUUG